AUGCACCCCUCUUGGUGGGCUCCUUUCCCCAGCUGUCCACCCGCCGCCAUGCUGCCCCUGUUGCCCCUGCGCCUGUGCCGGCUGUGGCCCCGCAGCCCUCCCACCCGGCUCCUCGCAGCGGCCUCUGGGCAGCGGUCUGGCCCCAGGAAUUAUUAUGAACUAUUGGGCGUGCAUCCUGGUGCCAGCGCUGAAGAAGUUAAACGAGCUUUCUUUACCAAGUCCAAAGAGCUGCACCCUGACCGAGAUCCUGGGAACCCGGCCCUGCACAGCCGUUUUGUGGAGCUGAAUGAGGCAUACCGUGUGCUCAGCCGUGAGCAGACCCGCCGCAGCUAUGACCACCAGCUCCGUUCAGCUAGCCCCCGCAAAUCUCCAGGGACCACAGCCCAUCCCAAGUCUGCCCAACAAACACAGAGCAGCUCCUGGGAACCCCCCAAUGCACAAUACUGGGCCCAGUUUCAUGAUGUAAGGCCACAGGGGCCCCAGACGAGGCAGCAGCAGUACAAACACAAUCAGCGGGUCCUGGGGUACUGCCUCCUGCUCAUGCUGGCUGGCAUGGGCCUGCACUAUGCUGCUUUCAGGAAGUUGGAGCAGAUACACCGGAGCUUCAUGGAUGAGAAGGAUCGGAUCAUCACAGCCAUCUACAACGACACGCGGGCCAGGGCCAGGGCCAACAGAGCCAGGCUCCAGCAGGAGCGCCGGCAAAGGCAGCAGCAGCCGCUACCCUCUGGGCAUCCCCAAGGUCCAGGGAUUGUGCCUCCCAGCACCGGCCCCUGAGGGGCUCACCUAGAUGGGAUCUGUACUGUAUUCCCUCCUUGCGCCCCGCCCAAAACUCCGCACUCCCCAAGACGCGUGCAAUAAAGUGAUUCUUAGA